AUGACUUGAGAGGGUAACAUACUAUUCCAUUUUGUCACAUUUGGUCACUAAACUUUUUUUCGUGCUCUAAUAGCCAUUUAACUUGUUCAUUCGUGUAAAUUUCACCCCUACGACUGAUUAUAGCCGGUUUCAAUGGACUGGUCGAUCCUACGUGUCAGUAUGAUCCUACGUGGCAUGUAGGCUAAUGUUAUUAAAAGAGGGGUGUAUGCGGUUCCUUGAUUGUGCCCUAAUACCCCCGAUGGCUUCCUCCUACAGCUUCUCAUCAUCCCUCAAUCGAUCAAGCAAGAAAUCAACUGCGCACGAUACAAAAACUUGUGAUUGUGGGUUCCCUGCACGUAUUCUAACAUCAAAAACACCAAAGAAUCCAGGGAGGCAUUUCAUGGUGUGCAAUGAGGGUAAAUGCAAAUAUUGGAAAUGGUUGGAUGUAGAACCUGUAGAAAUGCCUCUAAUGGAAGUGGUGGAGGGAAUGAAAGUUGAAUUAAUAGCAUUAAAGACCGAAGUAGAGAAGGUGAAGGAAGACAUGGAACAAAUGAGGAAGGAAAAGAUUCCAUUCUUUGACUGUAAUGGAAUCAUUGAGACAACAAUGCAUAGAAAUAAUAAGAAACUAAUUGAAUACGGUGGUUGA